GAGUGAUCCUUCUCGCAGCUGCUAGGUACUACACUGGGCUGUAGUGAUACAGCUGGUUGGACACACAAACCUGAAAGUGGAUAGACGCUGGCAGGGACAAUCAUCACAUCACCCCUGUCGUCACGCUGGCAGCUCCAUUCACGAUUCGUCACACGUAGUGCCCAUUCCGUUUUGGGAGCUGUUUGUCAAAAUGUCGACGUUGUCUUUGCGUAGCCGAACCUUCUCCAACCUGCUGCCUACUGUGCGUGUGUCCGCAUCAGGAGCACCACAAUCAGCUGUCAACUUGUCGGCGCGAGCACCAGAGGACCCACACGCUCACCACGACGGACCUGCUCCUCGUCACGAUGGCACCGCUGUGCCAACAUGGGCGCUUGGCAAGCCUUCCGCUUCCGCUGCUUUUGCGCGCACCAACGUGAACGCGCUUCCAUCCACUGGCCUCGCCUCUAGGUCUUCUCUGCGCGGAAUUCACACCUCCAGCCGUCAAUUGCAGACUGUUCCGGACUUUGGCGCGUACCGAACCUCGAACCCCACGAGCAACAAGGCAUUCAGCUACUUCAUGGUAGGCACCUUUGGGUUGGUCGCUGCAUCGGGUGCGCGAGCGACAGUGCAGGACUUUUUGGCUUCGAUGAGCGCGUCAGCGGACGUUCUUGCCUUGGCGAAGGUGGAAGUUGAGCUGGAAUCCAUUCCGGAGGGAAAGAACGCGAUCAUCAAGUGGCGUGGAAAGCCAGUUUUUGUUAGACACCGUACUGCAGACGAAAUCGAGGAGGCCAACAAAGUCGACGUCAGCAAGCUGCGUGACCCUCAAAAGGACUCGGACCGCGCUCAGCGUCCCGAAUGGCUUGUCAUGCUCGGUGUAUGCACCCAUUUGGGUUGCGUACCCAUUGGCGAGGCUGGCGACUUUGGCGGCUGGUACUGCCCAUGCCACGGUUCUCACUACGACAUCAGUGGCCGCGCACGAAAAGGCCCGGCACCUUUGAACUUGGAGGUUCCAGAGUAUUCUUUCAACGACGGCGAGGGCAAGCUUAUCAUCGGUUGAGCAGCGUCAGAUCUCGCUCAUGUAACCCUCUCGUUCAUUAGAAAUGCAUCUCUGUUGCCAUGCCCCUGCGCGAAUUCGGCAUGCCAGCAGAUCCCCUCUCGCUAAUCUUCUCAUUCAAAUGGGAGUCUCUGCCAUGCAUUUCUGCGCAGAAUCACAAGCAAAGGAUACAAUGAAUGGCAGCGCUGCCAGUUGGGUACGUCGAUACGAGCGAUGGCUUCACAAAAAGAAGGUGCGGUCUGCGAGUGCCUUCCUGCUCAGUACAGCAGAACGGCAGAGAAGGCGAACAACCUGGUGGCGGCAUGCGAGAGGCUGUGUCAGCGACCGAUCUCAUCGGAGAGGCGACGGUAAUGCGGAUUUGCGUCAGGACUUCGUACGCGGCACACUUACCAAGCUGUGCCAGAGAGACCCAUUCGAAUGUUGUUGAGCAGAAUCCACUUGUUAAUGCGCUCGUCC